AUGGCUACCCUCACUGAAACAUCUGUUGGACCUCGGACGUAUCCCACCACCACCGCGGGUCCCACUGCAGGUACUUUACAGCUCCGUGGUGGAGACUUGUGCGCCACGCCAAUCGUGAGAUACGACCAGGGCACCGUCUUUGGUGCCGAGGUAUCAGGAAUCGACUGGAGCAAGCCAGUAUCGCCCGAAGUACUGAAAGAGCUCGUCGCGCUCCAGGACAAACACGGCGUCCUCAUCUUUCGCAACACGGGGCUCGAUAAUGCCGGUCACAUUGCCUUCACACAGCUCCUCGGAAAAGACCUUGAAGUGAAUCCCUUCUUCUACGGAAGGGAGAAGGAUCGCCUGGGCGAGCCAUUGCUAUGGGAUGUCGGCAACAUCGAGCUCGAUGGGUCCAUUGUGCAGCCCUCCUCGCGUCGUUGGCACCACAGUCGCGGAAACGCCCUCUGGCAUACUCAACGGAGCAAGUACUCACUCCUCCUCUCGCACGGUAACCCCGUGGUCGGUGGUAGUUGGACACACUUUGCCGAUACGCGCCAGGCGUACGCCGACUUGCCCGAGGAGACCAAGGCACGCUUGGAGGACCUGGUGAUUGAACAUGAUCUGUGGCAUUCGCGUGCGCUUGCAGCACCCGACGUCUUCACAGCCCCACUGCCGUCGGAGCUUGCUGCCAAGCCUCCUGCCUUCCACCGGUUGGUCCAACGCGGGCCGGACGGACGCAAAGUGCUUUACCUGGCAGCUCACGCAAAGCUUGUCGUUGGAUGGGGCUUGGAAGAAAGCCAGAAGCUCAUCUGGGAGCUCAUUCACCACUGUACUCAGCCCAAGUACGUGUUCAGUAUGGAGUGGAUGGGAGCUGGCGAUAUGGUCUGGUGGGACAACCGCCAGUCCAUGCACCGCUCCAACCUCUACACUCCGACAAUGACAGCACGGGACGUCCGCCGCACGACCGUCAUUGAUGACGGGCCCCUUGCGUGGGGAGUGCCCAAGGAGGAACGUUGA